AUGCCUCCUUCAAAGACCAUUCUCAUCCUCGGCGGUGCCGGAGUCCAAAACUCUGCGGUCACACGAGAGCUUGCCAAGAGUGAAGCCUUCUCCCUCAAGCUCUUGACACGAAACAUCAAGUCGGAAGAGUGUCUCUCCCUUUCUGCUCUUUCCCGUGUUACACUGGUGCAGGGAAACUGCUACGACGAGGAUGAUCUCAUUUCGGCCUUCCAAGGCGUCGACGCCUGCUUUGUCAACACCAACGGCUUUGCGGUUGGCGAAAAAGCCGAAUUGUACUGGGGAAUUCGAAUGUACGAGAUUGCAUACUGGGCCGGGGUGAGCCAUUUCAUCUACAGCUCGCUACCUUAUGUAUCGAAGAAAUCCGGGUUCAAUCCCAAGUACCGCGUUCCCUUUGCAGACGGGAAGGCCAAAGUUGCCGAGUAUUUGAGAUGCCAACCAACCGACAAGAUGAACUGGAGCCUCCUUGAAACCGGUCCCUACCCGGAAGCCUUCCUGACCACCUGGGGACCCACGAAAGGAGAUGACGGCGUUUAUACAUUCAACAUGCCGAUCGGACCCGAUGGUGCGCUUCCCUUCGUGCCUCUUGCCGAUCUUGCCUGGUAUGCUCGUUAUAUGUUCGAGCAUCCAUCGGAGUUCAAAGGUGAUAUGCUCAGUGUUGCCCUGGGGCACGUGGGUGGUGAAGCGAUUGCCGCCGCCUUCACCGCGGUGACGGGAGAACCAGCUCGCUUUGAACCGGCGGACCUGUUGGAAGUGGCCAAGACGUGGCCUGACACCAAAAUCGGCGUGGCUGGAUCCCCCGGGUAUGACGACCCCACGCUGAAGACAAUGGCAGGCCACCUUGUCCCCUGGUUCACUAUUUGGCAGGAAAGCGGUGGCAAUAAAGGACUCUGGACAAAGGACUACGGCAGGCUGGAUAGGAUUCACCCCGAGCGUAUCAAGACCAUUGAGCAGUGGAUGAGAUUGGUGGGCUAUUCAACUGAGAAGCGACCUCCGUUUCUGAAGACUGGCUUAUUUGGUUAA